AUGCCUUCAAUUUUUCCCUCUCAAAAUACUCUUCACGAUGCAUUUCAUUCUCCAAAUCCCUACGGUCGCCGAACCGAACCGUCAAUUCAAUCACGUACCACUCCCGUAUCAAAGCGCCGCACCCCACUUCAAGCUCGUCCAGAGCUCUACACAGCUUGGUCGGUCGUCGACGAUGCGAAAAAUAAAGCCAAUGCAUUGAGUGCAGAAGCUACAAAGGAGUUUGACAAAGCUAGUGCGGCUGCUCAAGCUAAGACUGGUAGAAUCGAGUUGUAUUCGCCAAAGUUUUAUGCAGCGUGUACUUUUGGUGGAUUACUUGCCUGUGGUCUCACCCAUACAACAGUCACUCCCCUCGAUCUAGUAAAAUGUCGUCGUCAAGUCGACUCCAAGAUGUACACGGGCAACUUCCAAGCCUGGGGUAAAAUCUUCCGCGCCGAAGGUUUCCGUGGCAUCAUGACAGGAUGGGGUCCAACAUUUUUCGGUUACUCCGCUCAAGGAGCCUUCAAAUACGGCGGUUAUGAAUACUUCAAGAAAUUCUACGCCGACCUCGCUGGCCCUGAGAAUGCAUACAAGUACAAAACAUGGCUUUACUUAUCCGCUAGCGCAUCCGCAGAGUUUAUUGCGGACGUGGCUCUUUGUCCUUUCGAGGCCGUGAAGGUUAGGAUGCAAACUACCGUUCCACCGUUUGCAAAAGGUACUUCAGAUGGUCUUUCAAAGAUCAUAUCGAAGGAAGGCUAUGCCGGAUUAUACAAGGGGCUGUAUCCUCUCUGGGGACGACAAAUCCCGUAUACCAUGAUGAAAUUCGCAUCUUUUGAGACAAUUGUAGAAAUGAUUUACGAUCGUCUUCCAGGUCAAAAAUCAGACUAUGGUAAAGCUGCUCAGACAGGUGUUUCGUUCACUGGUGGUUACUUGGCCGGUAUUCUUUGCGCAAUUGUUUCACAUCCUGCUGAUGUUAUGGUUUCAAAGUUAAAUGCGACCAGACUUCCCGGUGAAGCAUUUGGUGCUGCUACCGGACGUAUCUACAAAGAUAUUGGAUUCCGUGGUCUCUGGAAUGGUCUUCCUGUUCGUAUUGUCAUGAUUGGUACUCUGACUGGUUUACAAUGGAUGAUCUAUGAUUACUUCAAGAUUUUCAUGGGACUGCCUACUACAGGUGGAGCCGCGCCUGUUGAAAAGUAG